AUGGAUUCUGUGAAGACGGGUCUCGUUCAAGGGAAAAUAAAAAGACAUCCGAAACGUAAAUUUAAUUCUACGAAAAAUCAAAACCAGAACGGAGCGAAGAGACGCAAAAACGAAUUAAUAAUCAUUGCCAAUCAGCUAAAGGCUUUUCGCCGAGAACUACCUAUAUGGAAAGAGCGAAACAAUAUUAUCCGUGAAAUACGUAACAAUAGUACUGUCAUUGUUAUGGGAGAAAUGGGAAGCGGGAAGAGUACUCAAAUUCCUCAAUUCCUGUUGGAUGCUGGAUUUACGAAAUCUGGCGCAAUAGCUAUUACACAACCGAGAAGAGUGGCGGCAAUGAGCCUUGCUAGGCGUGUUUCUUUGGAGUCUGGCGUAUAUCUUGGAAAGGAGAUCGGUUAUAGCGUCCGGUUCGACGACCGCACUUCUCAAAAAACGGUAAUAAAAUACUUAACAGAUGGUAUGCUUCUGCGCGAGUUGUUGUCGGAUCCGUUGUUGAUGAAGUACUCGGUUGUCAUACUUGAUGAGGCUCAUGAGCGUACUAUGCGGACUGAUAUUUUGUUUGGGAUGGUGAAGAGAGCCCAGAAUGAGCGAAAUAAUACAAACGGGAAGCAAUUGAAAGUGGUCGUUAUGAGUGCCACUUUAGAUGCGCAAAAGUUUGCUGCGUACUUCCAAACAAAUUCGAUUCUAUCCAUAGCAGGACGACAAUUUCCUGUCACAGUUCAUAACAUUCUUGAACCUCAGCCUGAUUACUUGGAUACAGCCCUUGUAACGACGUUUCAAAUUCAUAUAGAAGAAGGGCCUGGAGAUAUUCUAGUAUUUUUGCCAGGGCAGGAAGAGAUAGAGACAUUAAAGAAACUUAUAAAAGAUUACGGAACGACGUUGGCUGCUGAUAAGAUGAAGAUUAUACCGUGUCCGAUGUUCGCCGCUCUACCUGCGGAGAAGCAAGCGAAAGUGUUUGAACCAGCGCCUCAGGAUACGCGAAAAGUCAUUCUUGCUACCAAUAUAGCUGAAACUUCGAUUACGAUCAACGGUGUACGAUAUGUAAUAGACACUGGCAAGUUUAAAAUGCGAAAUUUCAAUUCCAAGAUAGGCAUGGAGUCUCUGUCAAUAGAAAAUAUAUCGAAAAAUUCAGCGAAACAACGAAUGGGCCGUGCUGGACGCGAGAGUCCAGGUUCAUGCUAUCGGUUAUAUACAGAGAAAGAACAUGACGAGUUAAAGGAUGAAAUAAUACCCGAAAUCAAACGCUGCAAUCUGGCAUCUAUCAUCUUAAUGUUAAAGGCGUUCGGUGUCGAUGAUGUUAUAAAUUUUGAUUAUCUGGAUGCACCAGCGAGGAAUAUGCUCAAGAAAGCACUUGAGCAGCUAUACUCCUUGAAUGCCCUCGACAAUAGCGGGAAGAUAACGAGUCUUGGGAGGAGAAUGGCCGAGUUUCCGCUGGAGCCCACUUUUGCGAAAGUUCUUUUAGCGUCGAAGGAUUUUAAUUGCACACGUGAAGCCAUAGCGGUUAUUUCCUUGCUCUCGGUCGAUUCGAUAUUCUUCACGCCACAUGACAAGCGCGAAGUGGCUGCCGAUGCAAAGAAGAAAUUUAUAUCUCUGUCCGGUGACUUGAUAACAAUGUUGAACGUGUUGAAGGCGUAUGAACACCAUGGAGACACAGAAUGGUGCAAACAACAUUUCAUCAAUACAAGAAACAUGCGUCAAGUUUUGGAAAUUCGAAGGCAGUUGAAGCAGUUGUGUGAUCGAAUGAACAUUCCUUCCACUUCGUGUGGAAGUGAUUACGACCAACUUAUAAAAUGCCUAUUGCUUGGUUUCUUCCGAAACACAGCCUUGCUACAACCGGAUAAUACCUAUAAGACUAUUGUUGGGAAUCAGACCGUGUAUGUUCAUCCAUCGUCUUCGGCUCAUAAUAAGAAGAUAGAAGCCGUCAUGUAUAUUGAACUCGUCCUAACAACGCGGCCAUAUAUGAAGAAUGUCUCUAUUAUACAACCAAAUUGGCUACGUGACGCUGCUCCCAUAUCCCAGAACUAA